AUGGAUAGUUUUUUGGAUUUGAUGAGUGAUCGAAACAUUGAAGACAAUGGACCGUAUUGGGAUGAUAGUCAAUUUGCAAGUCCACUUGAGGAACAACAAACGCCACAUGUAGAAGCUGGUGCAUCCCAAAAAGCAAAAAAGGUCAGAUCAAAAAAAUUCAGUGUAAAAGAAGACAACAUGUUGGUGUCGGCAUGGCUAGAAGUUAGUUUGGAUGCUAUACAAGGGAAUGAACAAUCACGUGCUACGUAUUGGCAAAGAAUUACUGAUUAUUUUCAUGAGCACAAGGACUUUGCAUCUGAUCGUAAUUCCAAUUCUCUACAGCAUCGUUGGUCUGUCAUACUAGAAGGUGUUAACCGGUUUUGUGGAUGUUAUGUUCAGAUUCAAAACAGGAGGCAAAGCGGGGUGACAGAACAAGAUAAGGUAAUGCAUGCAUGUGAAUUGUAUAAGUCAAAAGAUCCGAAAGGCAGAUCGUUCGGAUUGUUGCAUUGUUGGAAUAUCUUGCAGCAUGAGCAAAAGUGGAAGGAUAGGUGCGGCGAGAAAAAACAGAAGACAUCCACCACUGGAAGUCCAUCGUCCAGUCCUGGGACCAAUGAGAGUCAUCUAGAGGUUGAUGGGGAGGGUCAUACUUCAGAGCCCGUGGUUAGGCCAGUAGGUAGGAAGGCGGAGAAAGAGCGACAGCGGCGAGGUAAAAAUCCCGUCUCUCCUGGAGAUAAUCUUUACAUGGAAGCGAUGGAAAACUUGUGGACUAAGAAGAAAGAGGCAGAAGCCUUGAAAGAGGUUGCAAAAAAAGAGCGCAAUGAUGAAAGACUUGUACUUGAGAAGAAAAGGAUUGAACUGAAGGAACAAGAUAUUGAGUUAAGGAGAAGGAUUACAAGUGCAUACAUAAUUAAAAUAGUACAUGAUAGGUACCGACUAUAUUGGUACAACUACAUACACUACACCCCUCCAUAUUUUUCCCACAGGUGCUCGACUAGAUCAUCACGAAGCUGUGAGUGA